AUUCGACUCGUUGGGAACGUUUUUCGGUUUGGGUGGAUAUAGAGGAAAUACGGACGCAGAUUGCCCAAGUCCCACAAGUCCAACGCAGUAAGACUCCAGUCGAACCUUAGCCAUGUCUACAAUCCUAUUGGGACGCAUUUGUCGCACCUGCCUGCUGGAAUCUUCGACAAUGCACAAAUUACUCGACACCAGAGGGGACCAGGCAUUGCCAAUUGAACAAAUGCUGCAGCAAACUGUUCCAAACUUCGAUUUGCCUCUGGAUGAUGUGGACAUAUGCCUGCCUGUAGAGAUAUGUGAAGACUGUUUGGAAAAACUAACAAUAGCCUAUGGCUUUCAGCAAAUGUGUUUCGACAGCAAUGAGAAAUUGAGAAGUCUCAUACAUCAACAGCAUGAUGGGGAGGUGGAAGAUGUUGUAAUGGUGUCACAUGUUGAUAACGAAUGUGACAAGGAAGAUCAUUUGAGCUUUGCUGGGCCAGGGGCACUUAAAUUGGAACCCGGGGAAGAAUUUUUACAAAAAGCCUUGGAACCUUGUGUUGAAACACAAUUAGACGGCGACAAAGAGGAGGUGGUAGAAAUACACAAUUUGGAUCAAAUGAAUGGUUCCGAAAAUGGUGAGAUUAAAUUGGAGAUAGAAGAUUUCGAAUGUGGAACAAGUGAUUUUGGAGAUUUUCACAAUGCUGCUGAGGAGGAUGAUGACGAGUACUGGCCACCACACAAUGAGGCAGAAGAUACCGACAAUAGCGCGAAUGAGAAACACAAGGAAACCCCGGAAAAUCCCAAGACCCGAAAAUAUAAAAAACGUUCGACAUCAAAUGAUGCUAGUGAUAAAAUUUGUCCGCAUUGCAACAAGCUUUUCAAAAAGAGAAAUUUACUAAAGCGACACAUGACUGUGCAUAAUGAAGAGUAUGAAUUUGUUUGCGAUGCUUGUCAGUAUCGCUUUCCUAGCGAAAAGUUACUUAAAGUUCAUAUAUCGUAUAAACACAAUCGAGGUGUAACAUUAAGCGUGUCCGGUGGGCCUUAUCCAUGCCCGGAUUGUUCGAUGGUAUUUCAACAAACUCGGGCAUUGGCUGCCCAUCGAGUGGUACAUGCCCAGAGGGAUUUCAAGUGUCAGGUGUGUGAUGUUAUUUUGAAAACAAUGUCGGCGGUGACACGCCACAUGAACCACAAACAUCCCGGCGUGCUGCCAUACAAAUGUGAAAUGUGUGAUCAAGGCUUUCCCGUUGAAUCUCACUACAAGGAUCACAUAAAUUUACACAAAGGAUUUAAGAAACACAAAUGUGAACAAUGUGAUAAGAGUUUUCCCAACAGCACUGCCUUAAAAGAUCACGAAAGAUCCCAUACCGGCGAAUGUCCUUAUCUCUGUUCGCAUUGCGGCAAAUCCUUUAAAACUUCCAAUAUUUUACGGCAACAUUUGCAACGGCAUGGUGAAAAGAACUUCCAAUGUCCCGAAUGUCCAAUGCGUUUCUAUGUCAAGGUCAAUUUGCAAAAACACAUGUGCACACAUUCCAAGGAGAAACCAUUUGUUUGUGAUACCUGUGGUUCAUCAUUUACCCGGGCAGAUUCGCUAAAGACCCACAGGUUUAAGCACACCGGAGAGAGGCCUUUCAAGUGCGAAGAGUGUAAUAUGAGCUUUGUUUUCAAACGCCAUUUGCUACGCCACAAAAUCACCCACACCGGCGAAAAGAAAUACAUGUGUACCUAUUGUGAUCGAGCCUAUGCAGCAAGUGGGGACUUGGUGAAACAUUUGAGAACUCAUUUGGGUGAGAAGACAUAUCUCUGCGAUGAGUGUCCCCAGGCGUUUAAAUAUCAUUUGGAUUUGAGAGAUCACAAGAAUCAACAUUACAAGGAGAAGCAUGGUAUGGCGGCAAUGCAAGUAGAGGAUACGGAACCUACAGAGCUUGAUCAUAGUUAAAGAAAAAAAUUGUAUUUCUGAGAAUAUAUUAUUUU